GCGCGGGACGUUGCCGCGGCAACCAACGCUGCGGCCAUGGGCGAGCUGGGUUCCGAUGAUGCCGCCGGGAACACGUACAGCUUGCGACCCAGCCUCCAGCGCCGAUUUAAAUCAUCCACAGUAAAAGAAUGCAUCCACGCAAUACUGAAGGAAAAGCUGGCCAAUGUACAGUACAUACCAGAAGACAUGCCUCAGCUUACAGUGUCCUUAUCAGAGACAAUAAAAGACAGACUGAAAGAGGAGGGAUUUGACAGGUACAAAAUGGUGGUGCAGGUUGUGAUUGGAGAGCAGAGAGGAGAAGGAGUAAAUAUGGGUGCACGAUGUUUCUGGGAUGCUGACACUGACAGCUAUGCUCAUGAUGUGUUCAUGAAUGACAGCCUGUUUUGUGUGGUAGCUGCCUUUGGCUGCUACUACUACUGAAGGUGGUAAAUGCUGAACAGAAGGACAGAGGUGGUGGAGAACACUUUAGGGUGGGUUUUGUUAACAGACACAAAAGCAUCAUGUUCUUCCUUCACUGCCUAACAAAACAACAGCUCUACAAAGCAUGUCCUGCAUCUGUUCCUACACACUACAAUGUUCCUUAUUCCUUGUAGAUAUUUAUACAGCUUUAAGCACAAUAUUUUUAUGUCCUUUAUUUAAAUUGUCCUUUGGUUUUAUAUAGUGUUGGGAUGUCCUAAAAGGGUAUUGCCCAGAGCUGUUUCUUCUAAGGCAAACUCAACUUGCCCCUUGAAAGGGUUGUGUUGCUUUUGGUUUUAUUAUUGUUUUCUGAAAUGAAUGAAAUCUUUAUAAGAAAUGUAACAUAAUAAAUCUAUGUAUUUAAUAUUUCCUCCCCUGGGGGUUGCCCCUUGCCAUUUCCACUGUUGGUCCUUUUCCUUUGCUUUAAAAGGGGCAGUAGCCUCAGGAGCUUCUCUGUGCUUCUCAGAUGAGCAUUUUAUGAGCAUUC